AUUUUUCCUGAAAGCGUAAAAGCUAGCGGAAAAUCGAAGCCUCGGUGGCUGCUCGAUGUUGGAACUUGAGAAAUUUCAUCAUUUGGGAAACCUAUGGAUGGAAAGCGUUCUAUAAAAAUGGAUCCUCUUUCACCUGGCCCCUGUUUAGAUAUUAGUGACGAUGAACUGGUGACUAUAUCAGUCAGAGAUUUGAAUAGGCAACUUAAAUUACGUGGUUUAUCAAGGGAAGAAAUAGUACGUAUGAAACAACGUAGACGUACGUUAAAGAACAGAGGAUAUGCAGCCAGUUGCCGCAUUAAGAGAAUUGAACAGAAGGAUGAGUUAGAGUCAGAGAAGUCACAGGAAUACCGGGAUAUGGAAACUAUGCAAGAUGACAAUAACCGCAUGAGAGAGGAAGUAGAGUCUUGGCACUCAAAAUACCAAGCAUUGAAGAAAUUUGCAGCAGAGAAGAAGAUUCACAUUCCACCAGAAUUGGAAACUAUUUAAAAUAGAUCACAAUGCUUGAUGCACUGGGAAGUGACAAAAGUAUUGAAUAAUUAAUAAAUCUAUAUGAAAUUUACAUAAUGUUUAAGAGUUGCACCCUGAAGCAGUUGAAAUGCAGAUAAAUAUUAUAGUGCACUUGUGCAUUAUAUUAAUUAUAAACUGAUUUAAGAUGCUGAAAAAACUAUAACUAAUAUGUAAAAUCAUAUACCUAUGUAUGGAUCGGUUUUAUUUGUAUUAAAAAAAUCGAAUGUUUUUACAUAGAA